AUGUUCUUGACUCUGGGAUUGCUCACCACACAAGACCAGUCAACGGGAAUCGGCACAAUCUGGCUCCUUGCAACCCUCGGCAAUAAGUCUUCCCAUAAAAGACUUCAAAAGCGAGAGAUAUCUGAUGUUUCCAUUCCCGAUGUUUGCGCAAUAAUAUCUUCCAAAGUCGAACCAUCAUCCCUCAAGCUUAGUUCCAGACUCCUUUAUGGUAUUAGCAUCGCCCAUAAACAAAAGACCACUUACCUCUAUCUCGAGGCAUGCGUAACAAAGAAUAACAUCCAAAAAAAUAUUCUAUACAAAAAGAUUCUGAACAAAGAUUCGGGACACCAUGUAUUACCUAUUCAAGGGUUAUUGAAUGUUGGUCCAGCAAAUAUCCGUCCCAUUGUGACAUCGAGCUUUUCAAGGAUUAGCGGAGGAACCAAUAGCAGAGUCGCUAAGGUGCUUUUUCUAGCAGAUGAUGGUAAUUUCGAUGUCAAUAGGGAUUUGGUUCAAAGUGACAAAGCUCUUGCUGAUUUGUUACUUGGGGAUAAAGAAGCCCCUGAAACCAACAUAGAUGAUAGUACUGAAUUUUCAAAGGAAACCGCCCAAAGACGACAACAUAUGAAUCAGAUCCAUGUUGACGACCAGUCAGACUCUUAUAAUGUAUCAUUAGUUUUUUCUCCUAUACAUAGUACUCCUGGUCGUGGUGAUGAGCCUUCAAAUACCAGCAGAUUUCAGUAUGCCAAUAUCAGUGAUUUUGAAGCUGUACCUAACAAUGAGUAUAACCAUCACUCACUAAUCGAUGAAAAUAAUGACAUGUUGGGCGACGUGGUUUUUGAGUUUGAUCAAUCCGGCGAUUUGCUAUUCAAUUACCCUAAUAAUAAUAUUGAACCUACCUCCCCUGCUGUUAUCACCUCUCCAUCUCCGGCACCCAACGUCCCUGGGCCUGCAAUUGAUGCUAUUUCCGCAGCAGAUGGGUUUGGCCUUGACUUUACCAAUAUUGAGGUUAGUCUUCCCAUUGAAAACCUAGAAGAUCACCCCACUGCUGUUUCCCUCAAAACUUCUCCAUCGCGCAGCACUAGCAAAACCCCUUGGAAACGCUCUGGAACAGGCUUCAUUCAAAUUGAUGAUAUCACUGCAUUUAGCACCUCUGAAUUAAGACACAAUAGAGAUAUUUUUGAAGAAAGAAUGGAUGUUGAGAGCAAGAAGCAUGAGGAGAGAAGGCUUGGAGCUAUGCAGCGGUAUAAGGGAGGAAUUGGUAUGAUCUCUAUCACUGGAAAUCCAAUCAGUGCUAUUGAUAUCAUCAAAAGAAGUAGAAAUGAAAAUAAAUUAUAUUCAAAUUUGAUCCGCCAAACAGAACAUUUUCUGGCUGGAACAACUAUUCUUGGUAUAGCCACUGGACACAUCCGCCAGGAAAAAGAGGAUGAGUAUCAAAUUGAAGUAGGGCGUCAUAAAAACCGCUCUCGUUCAGCUUCAAUUUCAAAGAAUUCGGUUGGCGAUUUAUUUGAAAGGGCCACAGCUGAGAUUGGAAGACACGUUGAUCUUGAUUUGGAUGCCUCUGCCCAAGAACAAAUGAUGAUGAUGGAUUUUGCUAACGAUCCAUUUGGUACUGAUUUCGCAGACAAAAAAUACGGUAAUGGAAAACGCCCACUUGAAGAAGAUGAGGAGUUCUUUUUAGACUUUUCUGGUCAGCCACUUGACCUUGAUUUGCAAGAUGCUCUUGUUAAGCGCCGCAGAACCGCUUCUGUUGAUGGUGGUUUAAGAGAUGUAUUGUUUGGAAACUUCAGCAGAUCCAGUAGCAGAAAUAGCAGGUUCCAGUGCCAUUCUGGAUCGAUGUCUCGCUCUCGCUCUCGUUCACAAAGCAUCGGACCCAAAUCCUUUAAUCUCAUCAACCAGCCACUUUAUGAAAUCUCUGUUGAGCAAGGGCAACCUAACACUGUAAAAGUUUUAAAUGGCCAAGUCAAACGGUUUUUUGAGUACCUCCAAAACAAAGUAGCUUCAAAAUUGGUAAGAACGGUUGAAAACGCGACAGGUUCAAUGGCAUCAUCAGUUGAUGAUAUACCAACUGAAUUGAUCUCAAAGUUCCAAAAAAGUCUUGAUGGAAGUUUGGCCAAACUAACAUUCGAAGAUAUUGCUCCAAGCAAGUACUCUGAAAGAGAUGAAAAGCUACAGCCUGAAGAUGCGGAUGGGUCGAAAAGGAAAAAAGCAUGCUCUAGGUCCCUUGCCUCCAGUGCUUUCUUGUGCAUUUUGCAAUUAGCGUCGAGAUCCUUGAUUGAUUUAUCCAUUGAUUCAAUAACAGAAGACCAUUCCCCUUCAAAGCCAAAAGAUAUUGCUGUGACUUUCAAUUAUUAA